AUGGCAGAGGAUGUUAGCAUAGAUCAGGAAGACUCAGCUGCUCAAAAUGGUGAAAUGGUCAGCUGGGACAUCAAUGACAUCAAGCUUCCCAAGGACGUGAAACAAACAGAUUGGUUUCAGGACUGGCCAGAUUCCUACAUAAAAUGCAUCUAUAGUGCUGAUGACAAAAAUGCUCAGAGGCACCUAAGCAGCUGGGCAAUGCGAAACACCAACAAUCACAACUCCCGCAUCUUGAAAAAGUCCUGCCUUGGAGUCGUGGUCUGUAGCAAUGAUUGUUCUGCCCCUCAUGGAGGCAAGAUGUACCUGAGACCUGCCAUAUGUGAUAAGGCCAGACAAAAACAGCAAAGGAAUCAUGUCCUAACUGUGAAUGGGCCUUUGAAGCUUAUCCCCUGUCGAGGCCAUGGUGACCCUGUAACCAACUUCUGGAGACAUGAAGGACAUACAUAUUUUUUCAGAGGGUACACAGAAGGUGAGAUGCAGUGCCAGGACAUGUUACCGCUAGUUGCUUCCAAGCCAGAAGACUUCAUGUCACACAGCACCUUCAGUGGACAUUUCAGACAAAAAACACUACUAGAGCCAAUGCCAAACCAUUGUGUGUCUGUUGCCAAAGGCUCCAGUUCAGGAAAACCAUCUUACCUAGAGGAGCACACUCAGGACCUGGGCUACAACAAAUAUUUGGACAAGUGCAAACAGACUGGAAGCAGUGACUAUAUUAACUGCAGGGAUCCAACUGAACCUUCAGCCCCUGCAUAUUCUGACUACAGAGAGGCACAAAUCUGGAAUAAGACCUUGGACCUAGGGAGAAAUCCCAUGCCAGAGAAAUAUUGCAAUGGCUCAACCAUGUUUUUCCCAGGUUUGUCCUGUGAAACCUUCACCUCCAUAAACACUGUUGAUUUGGGUAUCCAACCUGCUCCUCCGAGAUGGGAACCAACUGUCAAGGUGGGCUACCAUUCAUUCAGACCUAAUGCAGGUACAUUUGGAGAGGAUAUGUAUGAAGGAAAGCCAUACCUAAACUGUAACAGCAGCAAUGUCCCUACAACCUUCUGCCAGCUUCCUCUAGAAGAGACUUACCUUAUUGCAGAUGCCGGACAUCACUACUACCAGAAUUCAUUACCUACAAAAGGAAGUGAAUGGCACACUGAAGAAGAAAGAAAAUACACAAAUCUGGAAGGCUGCAACAAUGAGAUAUUUUUCAACUUUGUCCCUUUACGAUGACACUAUCACUAUAUUUCACAGCAAUGAA